GAGCUGGUUUCAGCCCGGAGACGUCCGGCGCGGCGCCGAGCUUCCACGGGCGGCUGAGGUGGCCGGAGCCUCUCUCGGGGGCGCGGCGCUUGAGGCGGCGGAAGAGCCCCCCUGACGCGGCCGGCGUGCGUGCCGCCGCCGCCGCCCCUCCCGCUCCCGCCCGGGCUGGCCCGGCCACUGCCCCUGCCCCUGCCGCGGAGGCAGCGGCGGCGGCGGCUCUGCGCUCUCCACCUCGGCGCCGGGGGUCUCGCCCGGCCGCUCAGCCCGUCGGUUCGGCGCUCCUCGCGUCUCGGCGCUUCGCGGCUUCCCUCGCCCUCCCCGGCCCCACCCGAACCGGGUGCCUCUGUUGCCCCCAGCCAUGGCUUGCGGCGCUACUCUGAAAAGGACUCUGGAUUUCGACCCGCUGCUGAGCCCGGCGUCCCCGAAGAGGCGGCGAUGUGCGCCAUUGUCGGCGCCCACCUCGGCCGCCGCCUCUCCUUUGGCGGCGGCUGCAACCACCGCUGCCGCCUCGGCCGCGGCUGCCUCGCCGCAGAAGUAUCUCCGGAUGGAGCCGUCCCCCUUCGGCGACGUCUCCUCCCGCCUCACCACAGAACAAAUUCUGUACAACAUAAAACAAGAGUAUAAACGCAUGCAGAAAAGAAGACACUUAGAAAGUAGUUUCCAACAGACAGAUCCAGGUUGUAGUUCUGAUGCACAGCCACAUGCAUUUCUCCUCAGUGGACCAGCCUCACCAGGGACUUCAUCUGCAGCAUCCUCGCCAUUAAAAAAAGAACAGCCAUUAUUUACUCUACGGCAGGUUGGGAUGAUCUGUGAACGUUUGUUAAAAGAACGUGAGGAAAAAGUUCGAGAAGAAUAUGAAGAAAUAUUGAGCGCAAAGCUUUCAGAACAAUAUGAUGCUUUUGUGAAGUUUACGCAUGAUCAAAUAAUGCGACGAUAUGGAGAACAGCCUGCUAGCUAUGUUUCAUGAAUCACAUUUUCUGCAUUUGUGGGCUGCCUUGUUCCUUGUCGAGUUGCUGGAGGAAGUUCCAAUUAUGACAUACAGCAAUGCCAAUAUCCCUUGUGAAUACAGGUUAUUUCAAGCUUUCGUCAGUGACAACCACUCUUAGGCAGCAGCAAUUGGUUUUGGAAAUUUCCCUGAUGUCAGUACAACCUGGAUGUGGACCUUUGCUACCUGUAUUAAUACCAGUGGCCUCAUUUUGCUGUAUCAUUACAAUUUGGCUUCUUAUAUUAAUAUGUUUGAAAAAGAUUAUAAACUGGUAUUCUAGAACAUGCCCUUCACUGGUUGUGUAAAUAAAACUGUAGAAUGACACUUCAGAUGAAGUUAGUGUGAUUUUAAUUGUGCACUACAACCAAGCUGUAACCAGUUAUUAAUAAUUUAGAAUGUAAUCCCAGGACCAUCUUAAGCCAAUAGCCUGCAAGUGCUUCCUGUGAAGUAGUGAAGGAGGAGGGCAUUUCUGUAUUCCAGGACUUCUCGGGGUUUCGGAAUGGGUUUAUAUGAUUUUUUUUGGUAGUUUUAUUUAUUCUAUCAGUCUUUUUAACAAAUGUUUAUUGCUGCAUUUUUCCAGUGUAUCAUUGUUUUACUGCCCUUGUAGUACUGGAAUUUAGUUGGAAUAAAACAUUUACUUCUA